AAGAGACUAAAUUGAACCAUAACAAAAUUGUGAAGGAUUAUAUAUAUUUACUCUAAAAUAAUAUACUAUAUAAGUAAGCAACAAACUUAUUCUAAUCUAAAGUAUAUACAUCAUAACAGCUAAACAUUAGAUUACCGCACAAAUGCAUCCUUUGUGAUGAUCCUGGAGACCCUUUGUAUCUCUAAAUCUUUCUUACCUCUAGAAUGAAUUACUUCAAGUCCAGACACUCCUCCUAAUUCAUACUAGGGAGUCUCUUCAUCCCCAUAAGCUUUUUCAGUUCAUCAAACAUCGCCACCUUCAAUGGUUUGGUGAAAAUGUUUACAAGUUGCAUCUCUGUAUUUGCAAUACUCCAAAUCCAGCUUCAUCUUAUUUACUUGAUCUCUCAGAAAAUGGAAUUUUCUCUCGAUAUGCUAUCUUUUGCCAUGGCUUAUAGGACGAUCAGCCAAAUCAAUUGCUAACUUGUUAUCAACAAGCAACUUGAUUCUAUCAACUUCAAAUGCAUUCAGUUCUUCCAAUAACAUUUCAAUCCAUAGUGCCUGACAUGCUGCAUAAGAAGUUGCAACAUAUUUAGCUUCAGAAGAUGAUAAAGCUACUAUGCCCUGCUUCUUAGAACUCCAAGAGAUUGGAGCAGCACCAAUCAUGAAGAGAAAAAAUAGAGUUAACAUAUACCAAGUUACGCGGUAUGCCAUUUUGUGGCAUGAGACGAGACAUCAUGGUAUGAGAUGCUAAUAGUCUCCAGAAAGGGCCUGGCUGAAGAGCUCCCCAACUUAGGCUUGAAAAGGAUGUUUUGGUGGUGUCAAGCGUCAACUAUAGUCGAUCAUAGUUUGGUCCAUUUCUGUCUCAAAACAUAUUGUCACAGUUUGCACUGCUCCUGACACUCAAAUUCCAAUUUAUGCAAACUCCAAGUGGCUUGCUUGGGCCAAAAGCCUUCAGAUAUUCUACCUUUAUCAGCUUCAGAGGUUCAGACACUCGAUGUGAUUUUAGUGGCUUCCUCAAUAAAUAUCUGAUUGAUCGUGGAUUCCGCACCUUCUUCGAUGACGGGGAGCUUGAAAGAGGGACCCAAAUAACGGUAGAAAUUCCUAAGGCAAUUGAAGAGUCCAGGAUUUUCAUCCCAGUUUUAUCAGAAAAUUAUGCAUCUUCUUCAUUUUGCUUAGACGAACUUGUGAAGAUCCUUGAAGAGUUUAAAAAAGGGAAUGGUCGAUGGGUUUUUCCAGUUUUCUAUUACGUUAAUAUCUCUGAUGUGAAGAAUCAAACUGGCAGUUAUGGACAAGCAUUGGCUGUUCACAAGAACCGCGUCAUGCCUGAGAGGUUUGAGAAAUGGAUCAACGCCUUGGCUUCAGUCGCUGACUUUCGCGGCUGCCAUAUGGAAAGGGCAAGGGGUAUAUAUGAAAUCCGGUACAUAUAUGAGAUUAUUCAAGAGGUCUCUAAACAUGUUGCUUGCUCAAUUGGCCUAGAUCAUCGAGUAGAGAAAGUUAUGCGUUAUUUGAAUUCUAGUGUCAGAUCAGACAAUAAUGGAGUUUGUGUGGUAGGGAUAUGUGGACUUCCUGGAAUGGGGAAAACAACACUUGCUCGUGGAGUUUAUCACUUCGGUGGUGGAACUGAAUUUGACUCUUGUCGCUUUUUUGAUAAUGUGGGAGAGUAUGUAAAGAAACAUGGAUUAGUACAUCUCCAACAGAUGCUUCUCUCUGCAAUAGUUGGACACAGCAACAGUACUAUGUUUGAAAAUGUGGAUGAAAGGAUGUCAAAAAUAAAACAUAUGCUCAACCAAAAGAGGGUCUUCUUGGUUCUUGAAGACGUUCAUGAUUCUGAGGUCUUGAAAGCCAUUGUUAAACUGACUACUUUCUUUGGUUCUGGUAGCAAAGUCAUCAUUACAGCAAUGGAGAAAUGCUUUCUAGAACUUCAUGGCAUUAAAAGAAUAUAUGAGGUAGAAAGAAUGAAUAAGGUAGAGGCUUUUCAAUUGCUUAAUUUGAAAGCUUUUGAUUCUAUGAGCAUUAGUCCUUGUUAUAUGACCGUUUUAGAGGGUCUUGAAACUUAUGCCUCUGGGUAUCCGUUCGUUUUGGAAGUGAUAGGUUCCUACUUGAGUGGGAAAAGUAUGGAAGAAUGUGAAUCUGCAUUGCACCAGUAUAAAGAAAUUUCAAACAGAGACAUCAAGAAGAUACUACAAGUAAGCUUUGACGCUUUGGAGAAAUCUCAGCAGAAUAUGUUAAUUCACAUUGCACUUCACCUCAGAGAACAAGAAUUGGAAAUGGUUGAAAACUUGCUUCAUCGUAAAUAUGGAGUGUGCCCGAAAGAUGAUAUUAGAGUGUUGCUUAAUAAAUCUCUGAUAAAGAUUAAUGAGAAUGGUCAGGUGAUAUUACAUGGCUUAACACAAGACAUGGUUAGAGAUGAUAUUCCAGUAGAAGAUCUUGGCUAAAUUAGUAGGAUACGGUUGUUUGAGGAGCACGACAAGCGGCAAAUCCAACCUGCCUUCAGUGAUGGAAGCAUGAUCUAGGAUUCAAUGGAAUUGGAAUAUCAAUCAUCAGAGCAUUGAUGUCUUCCUCCUCUUCUCCUGAUGGUUCAUGGUGUUUCUUAGGAUCUACCCCCCUUCUUUGAUGCAUUGAUCUUGUAAUUUGGGUUGCCUCUAACUUAAUUUUACAAAACCAGCUUGUAAGGUAAGAGGUAUCGCUCUUUAUAAACUCUUUUUCGGUCUUCCUUCUAUUCAAUGUAAAACUUGGGUUUUUCCAAUACACCCCUCACACCUAACACUAUUGAGCUUGGUGCGUAGAUAAUUUGAUGAGUGACUUGAAUGGAUAAACUCUGAUACCAUGAUAGAAUUUGAGUUAGGCUGAACUGAAAUUCUAAGAUGGUAUCCGAGACUAUUCAACAUCAAUUGAGUCACCUUCUAUCGGGUUACUCGAGUCACACUCCAGAUGUCUGGUGCUGAGUUUUAGGGGUUGUGUUGAGAGUUUUAUAUUGGAUGAGAUAUGACUUGAAAAUGAGGCUACAAGUGGGAGACAUCUCUAACUUUACAAGUUGGUUUUGUAGAGUUGUUUUAGGUCCAACGAAAAUUAUAACUUAUCACGAAUACUCACUAGUUAAUUUGUGUGGAAACUUUGAUGUGAUUGUCCAUUUUACUCUUUUGAAUCAAUUGGUUACAUUAGCCCUUGA